AUGAUCAGUUCCAAAAAGCUCAUCAAGCUGGCAAAAAGAUGGAAGAAAUUUGGUAAACUUGCUGCCAUCCGAAGAAAGAGGAUUUCAUUUUCAAGACAAAAUGAUGAUGCGGAUAGCUGCAGUACAUCUUCUGCAGUUAACAAGGGUCAUUUUUCUGUCUACACAGCUGAUCAGAAGCGGUUUGUAGUCCCUCUAUCUUAUCUCGAGAAUGAGAUUAUUAGGCAACUCUUAAACUUGUCAGAAGAAGAAUUUGGGCUUCCAUGCAAUGGGCCUAUUAUACUACCAUGUGAUGCAGCCUUCUUGGACUACAUCAUUUCGCUUCUUAGCCGCCGAGGAUUAUCCAAAGAACUCGAGAAUGCAUUGCUCAUAUCAGUUACUACUUCAUAUCGGUGUUCAUUAGGUUCAUUCCACCAAGAAGGGUUGAGAAAUCAAGAAUUGCUAACUUGCUGA